UUCUAUAGUCUGUGAUUUCUUAACGAAAGCUUACGCGCACGGGUCGCAUUUAGAGCCAAAAAUAAUAUUUCAAAAUAUUAAGAUAUUGUUGGAAUUACGGUCGUAAAUUUUAAAUAGUUAAAGAUUUAAAUAUAAAAGAAGUUAAAAAUGGUUGACAAAAUCGAUAUGGCUUUAGACGACAUAAUAAAAGCCAGCAGGAAAGGAAGAAGCGGAGGCGGAGGAGCUGGAAGAAAAUUUGAUGUAAAAAAGCCUGGUCGUGGAGGCGGUGGUGGAUUUCGUAACGGUCGUACUGGUGGUGUCCUUCUACGUGGUCGAAAUCGUGGCGGGGUUUCUAAACCUGCUAAUUACACAAGGGGCAACCUAUUUCAGGGUGAUGUAAACAGCACAUGGAAACAUGAUAUGUUCAGUGACUUCAAUGAUAGGAAGAUGCAAAGGAGUGCGCCUAUCACAACUGGGCCCACUAAACUCCUUGUCUCCAAUUUGGAUUUUGGAGUUUCAGACUCUGAUAUCCAGGAGCUAUUUUCAGAGUUUGGCAUGCUUAAAAGUGCUGCUGUACAUUAUGACAGAUCUGGAAGAUCAUUAGGAACCGCUGAUGUCCUAUUUGAAAGGAGGGCAGAUGCUUUAAAAGCUAUGAAACAAUACAAUGGAGUACCACUUGAUGGGCGUGCCAUGAACAUUCAGUUAGCCACUUCAGAAAUAAGUACCUUUAGACCUGAAGAAAGAAGUAGACCUGCUGGUGGGCGACCUGUCAGAAGGAAUUCAAGUAGAGGUGGUGGAGGCAACAGACCCCAAAUAGCAGCUGUCAGCGGCGGCGGCGGUCGCGGAGGAGGUGCGAGACGCGGGGGACGAGGGGGGGCCGCGCGUGGUAGACGACCUGUACCAACAGCUGAACAACUAGAUGCUGAACUAGAUGCAUAUGUAAAAGAAAUAAAAUGAUGGAUACUUUACUAAACUUAGACUAAUCGCAUACCUAAUAUUAAUAUACAAGAUAGAAAAAUCUUUCUUUGAGGUAUUUUUUUUUGGUUCAUGUUACUGAUUGCCAAAAUAUUGACAACAUCAAUGAAGAAAUGGCUAUAUUGUUCAAAGAUAAUAUUUUUUAAUAAAAUAAUGACAUCAUCAA